AUGCAGAAUGAACGUCAGAUACGCGAGUUAAGAGAAAAACGUGAGAACGACCAAAGGGAAAUCAUGCAGAAGAUGGCCGAAAUUCAGCGACUCAGCUCCAAAGUGGAGGUCUGGAGAGAGCGGGUGCAGGAGGAAUUCAACAGCAAGGAAUGUAUUCAGGACAAAAUCUGCGGAGAGGUAGGUAGUCCAAUGCGUACGAUGCGCUCACAGUGA